CCAUAAAUCAUAAUUUAUUUUCUAGUCGUCUAUAAAUGGCUCAGAGAAUGGAGAAAGAUGAACAAGGUUAUGAUGAAAGACGUUUUGAAGGAAAAAUCAGCGAAGAUCUCUUCUGUUCUAUUUGUCAAGGAGUGCUCAGAAACCCUCGAACUUGCCAUAAAGAACAUGCAUUUUGUCAUUUCUGUAUUUCUGAACAUCUUCGUCAUUCCCACACGUGUCCUGAAUGCAGAGAACAUCUCACUCCAGAAACCCUGAAAGAUCCUCCGAGAUUUAUGAAGAACACCCUGGCAGCGCUGAAAAUCAAGUGUGGAUACAGCGAAAGAGGUUGUCCAGGCUUUGUCUUGCUUGAGAGUUUCCAAAAUCAUGUUGAUAAAUGUGGUUUUGCACCCGUGAUUUGCAAGAAUGAAGGAUGUGGAAUGGAGGUGAAUAAAAGAGAUAAAGAUCUUCACGAGAAAGAUCUUUGUGAGUUUAGAAUCGCCAAGUGUAACGACUGUAAAGAGAUUAGAGCAAGUCAAGAAGAAACAAAGAAAACCGUUGAAGUCAUGAAGCAGUCUCAGGCUGAAAUGAAAGUGGAAUCGAACAAAAUGAAGGAUUGUGUGGAUCAAGUGAAAGUAACUCAAGAUGAAAUAAAAACAAGUCAAGAUGAAAUGAAAGUAAGUCAAGAUGAAACGAAGGAAAAAGUUGAUGAGAUGAGACGAUCUCAAGCGAGGUUUGAAGCUGAGGUGAAACAACAGUUGGAAAGAAUGACGGAAAUGAUGAAUCAGUUAUUGCAAGGAAACAAUUUAAACAACAACAUCAAAGGUGCCAGCGCUAUGGAACCAGCAACUGUAGAAAAUAAUCAAGAUGUUAUUAUUAUUGGUGGUUGGUACGAGUCAAAAGAUUCCGAAGUAUUAAAUACAGUCGAGAAAUACAACAUAGUAGAAGGAAAGUCAACUCCGCUGCCAGGAUUGAAUCAUCCUCGAACAGCAUCAGCAUCGUGUGUUUACAACAAUGACGUUCUUGUCGUUGGUGGUUACGAUGGUAAAGUACGAACUGACAAGAUCGAAGUUUUGAAGAUGAACCAACAUCCUUUGCGAUGGACAAUGUUUGAUGGUAAACUGCCCGUCAAAUUAUCUGGUCAUGACGUCAUAGUUUAUCAAGGAAAAUCAUAUACAAUAGGAGGAAUUGACUGGAACGAAAGAAAAACAUCGAAUGCCAUUUACGAGAUUGCUCUUACCCCACCUUAUACUACCAAGCUACUGACGAGAAUGCCUGAGGCAAGAAGAAAUCACAGAGCAGAACUUGUUAAUGGAAAACUAUUUAUCUUGGGUGGAAGAACCGGCCUUUAUAUUAAAAAUACUUUUGACAGCGUUGUUGUUUAUGAUUUGAUUAAGAAUGAGUUCAAGCCAUGUCCAUCGUUACCUCAGCCUGUUUGUUUAUGUCCACAGUCACUUGGGGUCAUAUGA